UCUGUCAGCGGAGCAUCCCUGUGUUCCUCCGCGGUGAACAGCAGCUCCUCCUGGGGCUGAAGGAGCAGGAUACCUCCCGGGAUGGCGUCGCUCGGCAUCGGGCAGCAUCUCGUCCGCAGACGCGGAGCCAGCAGGACCUGCGCGGUGGAGCGGAGGAACCUGCUCACGGUGUGCAGGUUUUCGGUGAAGACUCUGCUGGACCGUUCCUGUUUUGAUACAAUAGAUGACUCAUCUCCAGAGUUCAUUAACUUUGUUUCCAUCCUGGAACACAUCUUCAGUCAUCGACUCAAAGGCCAGACAACUUGGUUUGGCUACGAGAGUCCUCGGAGUUUCUGGGAUUAUGUUAAAGCUGCCUGCAGUAAAGUACCCCAUAACUGCAUCCGAAGCAUUGAGAGCAUGGAAAAUGUGCGGUCAUCGAGAGCAAAGGGCAGGGCAUGGGUCAGAGUCGUCCUCAUGGAGAAACGACUGUCAGAGUACAUCUCAUUUGCACUGAGAGACUUCAAAACCACCAGGAGGUUUUAUGAGGAGGGAGCGAUCAUCUUGGGGGAGGAGGCCGGGCUGUUGGCAGACACACUCAUCGGUCUCAACACCAUUGAUUUCAGCUUCUGUCUGAAAGGGGAGGGUCUGGAUGGAAACUGCCCUGCCGUCAUCGACUACACACCUUACCUGAAGUUCUCACAGAGCGCAGACAGCAUCAGCAGCGAUGAGGACGAGAUGAGGACGGUGGGCACCAGCGGCAGUGAGAGCAGCACUCCCGACAAAGCAGCGACUGCUGCGUCAAUCUUCACCGAGCAGAGUAACUUGGUCAGCAAGUGCAAACGCUUUGAGCAGAGGUAUCGCAUGGCUCUGGAGCAGAAGGGUUACCUGGAAGAGCUGGUCCGUUUACGAGAAGCCCAGCUGUCAGAGGCCGUGUCUCAUAACAAGGCACUCCAGCAGAGCCUAGAAGACGCACACGUUUCCUGCUCGCUGGAGAAAGAACAGCUUGAGUACAUAAUACUGGAACUGCAGGACCAACUAACUGUGCUGAAGAACAAUGACUUGCGAUCCAGACAGGAGUUAACAGCUCAUCUGACCAAUCAGUGGCCAUCUCCUGAUGUCUUGGAUGCCAGUGCCGUUGCCUUGGAUACGCUGCUAUACAGGAAGAGCACAGCACAGUGGGAGGAGAAGAGUUUUAAAGGUCUGGAGCAGCUGUCUACAGACAUGAGCCUCUCCCAGUCCUCUCUUGGAACAUCACACACACCGAGUCUGGAGACCAGGCCCGCCACCACAAAGUGGCCUCAACAAGGUAAGGAGGAAACUCCGUCACUCAGAGGUCUAUGUGGCUCCCUAACCUCCGUCACCAGUUACAAGUCUCUGGCCAGCCUCAAGUCCAGUGAGUGCUUGGCCAGUCCGACGAUGGAGAUCAGCAGUCCCGGUGUCACGCCCUCAUAGGGGAUGGGGGGCUAAAAACAGCCCCCCGGCAGGACCAGACAGUUCUGGAACUUUCCCAGUUUAGGUGAAACUAAUUUUAUCUUUUAUGAUUUGAAGGUGAAGACCUCAAGCUUGAAGAUUUGGGAGUCAUGUUUGCAGAUAGAGAAUCUUGUAGCAUAUUGUUCGACCAGCUCCACCGGACAGAAUGUGUUCUUGAUGUAUCUCACAGUUGAAAUGACAGAGGACCCUAAAUGUAUCGUCAUCUCUACAAGUCUUUUCUUUUUUUUGUUAUUUCCAUCUGUGAAACAUCCUUUAAUUUUAAUCGUGAAACAAAGUGGAAAACAUAAAGGUGAUGUCUAAAUUUUCUGGACUGCACACAUGGUUUUAAACGAUUCGGUUAAAAUAUUGACUGCUGAUCAGAUCAGUCGAUUCAACCUUGAGCAUCACAGUUAACUGUUUUCUGCAGUCACAGGGAGCUGCCACUCGUGAGUUUUUUUUUUAAAUUUAUGAUGUAAAUGCAUGUCCUCCACAGUUUUGUGUCAGUGUUGUGCAUCAUGCAUUAUCAUGGUUUUGUUCUCAGGGAAGAUCACUCAGCAGUUUUGGGUUCCCUUUAAAUAUUCAAAUGCAGUAUUUCACUUUAAUAGGAUUAGAUCCCACUGGUAGAUUAUUCUUACUCUAUACAACAAUCAGUUUUAAAAGUCUGCAAUAAUUAACAUGCAGAGUAUUUUAAGAGUUAGAAACAAGUUUACCAGAAUCUAAUUCUAACUUAAUUCCUAUUACUGCUGACUAGCCAUCUACCUAAACACUUAACUUAAAUAUCUGCCUUCGGUUUGUCCCAGCAGUCAUUUGCACAGACACAAACACAGUUUAUUUGAUUGUAUUUUAUUUAUUUUUAUUUUAAAUAAACUCCACUUGGA